AAAGACAUUACCAAAAGACAGAACAGAACUAAAAGCUUCGAAGAAAAAAAAUCAGACAAUUCAAUUUCAACUAAACGAAGAAGAUGUCAGUAGCCUCACCGAUUCAAUGUAUCAGGAUUCUAAAUCCAUCAUCAUCUUCUUCAUCAUUAUCUACCACAACAGCUUCAUCGUCUUUUAGAUUCUCAAAGAGUACUAAGCCAUGUGUAUUCAUCAUCAGAUGUUCUCAGACAGAAGGUCCUUUAAGAAGGCCAUCGGCUCCUCCUACUCUCCGGGAGCCGCAAAAACCUGUUCCUCCAUCUCAGUCUUCUUCCUCUCCACCACCAUCACCACCGCCGCCGCAGAAAGCUGUGGCUGUUGAUGGUAAGAGUGUAACUACGGUUGAGUUUCAGAGAGUCAAGGCUAAAGAGCUUCAGGAGUACUUUAAAAAGAAGAAGCUUGAAGCUGCUGGUCAAGGUCCCUUCUUUGGUUUUCAACCCAAAAACGAGAUCUCUAAUGGAAGGUGGGCUAUGUUUGGUUUCGCAGUCGGGAUGCUUACCGAGUAUGCAACUGGAUCAGAUCUUGUCGACCAAGUUAAGAUCCUUCUCUCGAAUUUCGGCAUUCUAGACUUGGAAUAAUAUGAGUGUGUUAUUAUAUAUAGACAGACCUCUUCUCUCUUGUCUCCAAUUCCUCUACUUGUUGAUUCUUCUUCCUGUAUAUGUAUCUCUAAGAUCUUACCUACAAAUACAGGGCCAUUUGUGUAUUCAAUCACUUUUUUAUCUUCAAAUGGUAUAAAUACGAUCUUGUAUCGA